CAUCAAUACAGUGCAGAAAGAUCGUGCUGAGACAGCGAAUUUGUGUUGUCCACCAUUUCAGCAGCAUUGGAAGCGCUCUUCAGUGUGGCCACGUCUACUCCCUCUUGUCUGAAGCUGAUUUGAGCUGAGAACUGGAAAAUAGUCGGUCAUUAGUACGGGGUGUGAAACCAUAAAUUGCAGCUCAAAAUUUGUACAUUUGCUGCCGCCUAGGUGCUACUUGAGUCGGGAUAAAUGACUCCAGCAAAAGUUUUGCUCGUUAUUUUUGGUAUUAUCCAUUGCGGAUAUGCCGGUGAAGCCGAUGUGCUGGAACUUACUGAUAGCGAUUUCUCCACUCGGAUAGGACUUUACGACACGGAAACUACACUGGUUAUGUUUUAUGCUCCAUGGUGUGGCCAUUGUAAAAAGUUAAAACCCGAAUACGCCAAAGCAGCCGAGUUGUUGCGUGGCGAAGACCCCCCGAUUACGCUUGCCAAGGUUGAUUGUACUGAGGGAGGCAAAGACACAUGUAGCAAGUAUUCGGUAUCGGGUUAUCCCACGUUGAAAAUCUUCAAGAAUGGCGAAGUUUCACAGGAAUAUAAUGGUCCACGUGAGGCAAAUGGUAUCGCAAAGUACAUGAAAUCUAUAGUCGGACCAGCAUCCAAAGAUCUAUUGACUUUGGAUGCCUUCGAGGCUUUCUUAAAAGUGCAGGAGACCACCUUGGUAGGUUUCUUCCAAAAAGAGUCCGAUCUCAAAGGCGUGUUCCUGAAAUAUGCAGAUAGUCAGCGAGAACGACUACGAUUUGGUCACAGCAGUGCUCAAGAUGUCCUGGAAAAGCAAGGUGAAACCGAUGCCAUUGUCCUAUUUCGGGCUAAGCAGUUUGCAAACAAAUUCGAAUCAGACUUUGUUAGGUUCGAAGGCAAGACUAAGGAUGAUUUGAGUACCUUCGUCAAGGAAAACUUCCACGGACUGUGCGGGGUUCGGACCCGGGACACCGUAAACGACUUUAAACCCCCGAUGGUCGUUGUUUAUUAUGCUGUAGAUUACAUCAAGAACCCGAAAGGAACCAACUAUUGGCGCAACCGCGUGUUGAAGGUCGCCAAAGAAUUUGUCGGGCGAGUCAGCUUUGCUGUGAGUGCCAAAGAUGACUUCCAGCACGAGUUGAAUGAGUAUGGCUAUGAUUACGUUGGAGACCAACCAUUGGCGCUAGCUCGUGAUGCUAAAAACCAAAAGUUCAUCAUGAAGGAUGCAUUCUCAGUUGAAAAUCUGCAAGCUUUUGCCACCGAGCUGGAAGCAGGCAAUUUGGAACCUUAUGUCAAAUCAGAACCUGUGCCAGAGAGUAAUGAUGCUCCGGUGAAAGUAGCUGUUGGCAAGAAUUUCCAAGACGUCGUAAUGAACAAUGGCGUCGAUACAUUGAUGGAGUUCUAUGCCCCAUGGUGUGGACACUGCAAGAAGCUAACACCGGUGUACGAAGAAUUGGCCACUAAACUAAAGGACGAGGAAGUUUCUAUUGUUAAGAUGGAUGCUACUGCCAAUGAUGUGCCGCCAACGUUCGAUGUUCGCGGUUUUCCAACUCUUUAUUGGUUACCGAAGAACGACAAGAGUAAUCCCAUGCGCUAUGAAGGCGGUCGCGAAGUAGAUGACUUCAUCAAAUAUAUUGCUAAGCAUUCCACUAAAGAACUGAAGGGAUGGGAUCGCAAAGGUAAUGUAAAGAAAGUAGAGUUAUAAUCUCGUAGGUACGAAAAAACAGGGUAGGCAAUCGGAAAUUAAGUGCGGAAGCAAAAAUCGCACCCCAAAGUACAUCAUUUAUCAACUCAAGUUAAAAAGAAAUCGUUCCUUUGAAAUUCUAUUCUCAUCGAAUAUUUUACGUAAAGGUUGUAUCUACCAUUUCGGAACUUUUACUUCCGUUAAUAUCAGUUGCGUGUCCAAUCAACUAAACCGAUACUAUCAAGAAAAAUUUAUGUGCAACAGAUUCAUCUGAUAAGCAACAAAAGAUGCAUUUAGUUAUGUAUUAAUUGUGAAAAAAGAAUAAAUAAUGAAAAUGCUUCAUUGGUCGAAGUGUAAUUCGAGAUAAACAGUAAAAUGUUUACUCGUACCGAAACGUUUCCACGUUUUCAAGAAUGUGUACUAAGCAGAAGUUAUUUGAGCCGUUGAGAGCAAAAGUGGUACAUGUGCCAUUUUUACACUUUUUGGGUUUUUUGCAUAAAUUGAUGCAGAACGCAAUAAUGUACUAGAAUAUCCAAGAAAAACCGAGAUCUGAUAACCUAAACCAAAUUUAUAGCCAACAUAUUUUUUGGUAAUUAACAUAAUCACCAUUUCGUUGAGAGCGAGAGUGGUACAUGUCCAGUCUGUGCAUGUUAGAUGAAUUGUAAGUCGAGAAUCUUAGGAUAUAAAACAAUCAUGUCUUCAGCAAAGUUGGUCAUAUGAUUGAGUACCUUCAGAUGAAGAUCUGUCUGCUUUGGAAUUUUCUCACUACGUGGCGCUAGUGUAUCCGUGACUAUUUUGUAACAGAAAGCAUUUUACCUAUUUCAGUACCAACUCGUAUGCUGUUACCAAAUACAUAUACACUAGCGCCACGAAGAGACAGAAUUCCUUAACAAUCAGGUCAUCAUUCUAUAGUACUUAAUCACUUGGACAACUCUUCUGAAGACAUGAAAGUUCUAUGUCCUAAGGUUAGAGAGCUAUAAUGCAUCCUUCAUGCUCACGCUAGACAUGUACCACUUUUGCUCUCAACGUUUUCUGGUUGUCAUUAUUUUUCCCAUAGAACAAAAGUGGUACAUGUUUUUCCAUUGAAGUUUGUGUGAGUUUCUCAACUAGAACUCGUUAUGCUUUCAUGUACCGUCUUUUGAAACCUCUCCAGCAAUAAUUUAGUGCAGUUAUGCUGGAAAAAAAUGUUGAAAAUAAUUUACUAUUUGAGUGUUUUCGUCCAUCGCGUCUCCUGAAAAAUUUACUCAAUGGCACAUGUACCACUUUUGCUCUCACCGGCUCAUCUGUGCAGUGCAUUUCAACGAAACAAAGCCGAAUAAAUGAUAAUCUAACAAUUUUGGUUAA